AUGAGCUCGUACUUUGUAAACUCCUUCUCGGGGCGUUAUCCAAAUGGCCCGGACUAUCAGUUGCUAAAUUAUGGCAGUGGCAGCUCUCUGAGCGGCUCUUACAGGGAUCCCGCUGCCAUGCACACCGGCUCUUACGGCUACAAUUACAAUGGGAUGGACCUCAGCGUCAACCGCUCCUCGGCCUCCUCCAGCCACUUUGGGGCGGUGGGCGAGAGCUCGCGCGCCUUCCCCGCGCCCGCCCAGGAGCCCCGCUUCAGGCAAGCGGCGUCGAGCUGCUCCCUGUCCUCGCCCGAGUCCCUGCCCUGCACCAACGGCGACAGCCACGGCGCCAAGCCCUCUGCUUCGUCCCCCUCCGACCAGGCGACCCCGGCCAGCUCCAGCGCCAAUUUCACCGAAAUAGACGAGGCCAGCGCGUCCUCGGAGCCUGAGGAAGCGGCGAGGCAGCUAAGCAGCCCGAGCCUAGCUCGGGCACAGCCAGAGCCCAUGGCCACCUCCACAGCCGCGCCCGAGGGGCAGACUCCGCAGAUAUUCCCCUGGAUGAGGAAGCUUCACAUCAGCCAUGAUAUGACCGGGCCGGACGGGAAACGGGCCCGGACCGCGUACACCCGCUACCAGACCCUAGAGCUGGAGAAGGAGUUCCACUUCAACCGCUACCUGACGCGGCGGCGGCGCAUCGAGAUCGCCCACGCGCUCUGCCUGUCCGAGCGCCAGAUCAAGAUCUGGUUCCAGAACCGGCGCAUGAAGUGGAAGAAAGACAACAAACUGAAAAGUAUGAGCCUGGCUACAGCCGGCAGCGCCUUCCAGCCCUGA